CAGCACCCUCACUCCCCUACCCACUCACCACAACCCACAGAGUACCAUUUCCCCCACCUUUCCCCUUUCCUCCACUUUCCCUCUCUCCCACAUUCUCCCAUCUCUAGGGUUUCUACUCCCAACAUUCCUCCCUUACUGUCUCCCUGUCAACUGCAAAUGCAUCUUUUCUGAGAAGGAAAAGAGGUUUGCUUAGAUAUUUAUAAAGGAGAGAAGUUAAGGCAGCUUUUUUUUUUUUUUUUUUUCGUUUGCUGUUUUGUUUUUAUUUUUGAUAUUUUUUGAGGCUUGCUCAAGCUGCUGGGGAAUUAGUAGAGUUGUAGUGGUAGUAAGGGGUGAGUAAGGAGGACUUAAACGAUGUCGUCGAGAGGGGGCUCGUCGACGCAGCAGCCGCCACUGCAACGGCGGCUAUCGCGGACUCAAACGGUGGGGAAUCUCGGAGAAACUGUAUUUGAUAGUGAAGUGGUGCCGUCAUCGUUGGUGGAGAUCGCUCCCAUUCUUCGUGUUGCAAAUGAAGUCGAGCCUAGCAACCCCCGCGUGGCUUAUCUUUGCCGGUUUUAUGCUUUUGAGAAAGCUCACAGGUUGGAUCCCACUUCAAGUGGACGUGGUGUUCGUCAAUUUAAAACUGCACUUUUGCAACGGCUUGAGAGAGAGAAUGAUCCAACCUUAAUGGGAAGAGUGAAAAAAAGUGAUGCAAGAGAAAUGCAGAGCUUUUAUCAGCAUUACUACAAAAAGUAUAUCCAGGCUUUGCAGAAUGCUGCAGACAAGGCUGAUCGCGCACAGCUCACAAAAGCAUACCAAACAGCUAAUGUUCUCUUUGAGGUUUUGAAAGCUGUUAAUCAGACACAAGCUGUGGAAGUGGAUCGUGAGAUUUUGGAAGCGCAUGAUAAGGUUGCAGAGAAGACUGAAAUUUAUGUCCCUUAUAAUAUUCUUCCUCUUGAUCCCGACAGUGCUAAUCAGGCAAUUAUGAAAUAUCCAGAGAUCCAAGCUGCUGUCUAUGCACUUAGGAAUACUAGGGGUCUUCCAUGGCCCAAGGACUACAAAAAGAAGAAAGAUGAGGAUAUCCUUGACUGGCUUCAAGCUAUGUUUGGCUUUCAGAAAGAUAAUGUCGCCAAUCAAAGGGAGCAUCUGAUUAUGCUACUUGCAAAUGUACAUAUACGACAAUUUCCGAAGCCAGAUCAACAACCUAAGUUGGAUGAGCGUGCUUUGAAUGAGGUGAUGAAAAAGUUAUUCAAGAAUUACAAAAAAUGGUGCAAGUAUUUGGAUCGAAAAAGUAGUCUUUGGUUGCCAACUAUACAGCAGGAAGUGCAACAGCGUAAAUUAUUAUACAUGGGACUUUACCUUCUUAUUUGGGGGGAAGCUGCAAACUUAAGAUUCAUGCCAGAGUGCCUUUGCUAUAUAUAUCACCAUAUGGCCUUUGAGCUCUAUGGUAUGCUGGCUGGUAAUGUCAGUCCAAUGACAGGCGAAAAUGUGAAGCCUGCUUAUGGAGGAGAGGAGGAGGCUUUCUUGACAAAAGUUGUAACUCCGAUUUAUAAAGUGAUAGCCCAGGAGGCUGCAAGGAGCCAAAGAGAAAGGUCAAAACAUUCUCAGUGGAGGAAUUAUGAUGAUUUAAAUGAAUACUUUUGGUCGGUAGAUUGUUUCCGGUUGGGUUGGCCAAUGCGUGCUGAUGCUGAUUUCUUUUGCUUAGAAAGGCAUGGAUUUGAGAAAAAUGGGGAUAACAAGCCCAGCAGGGACCGGUGGGUGGGGAAGGUCAAUUUCGUUGAGAUACGAUCAUUCUGGCAUAUUUUUAGAAGCUUUGACAGAAUGUGGAGUUUCUUCAUCCUGUGCUUACAGGCCAUGAUUAUCGUCGCUUGGAAUGGUUCGGGGCAACCAAGCUUGAUUUUUGAUCCUCAUGUUUUUAAGAAAGUUUUGAGUGUCUUUAUAACUGCUGCAAUACUGAAGCUUGGGCAAGCUGUACUUGAUGUGAUUCUAAGUUGGAAAUCGAGGAAGAGCAUGUCACUCUAUGUUAAACUACGUUAUAUUCUGAAGGUUUUCUCUGCUGCAGCAUGGGUGGUUAUUCUACCAGUUACUUAUGCUUACACAUGGGAUAAUCCUCCUGGAUUUGCCCAAACCAUUAAAAAUUGGUUUGGCAACAAUUCAAAUUCACCUACCCUCUUUAUCUUAGCUGUUGUUGUCUACUUGUCACCAAAUAUGCUUGCUGCCUUGCUAUUUCUUUUCCCCUUUGUUCGACGAUUUCUUGAGAGAUCAAAUUACAGAAUUGUGAUGCUAAUGAUGUGGUGGUCACAGCCUCGGCUUUAUGUUGGUAGGGGAAUGCACGAGAGCACAUUCUCUCUCUUCAAGUAUACCAUGUUCUGGGUUCUUUUAAUAGCAACUAAGUUGGCUUUCAGUUACUACAUUGAGAUAAAGCCACUGGUGGGUCCAACACAAGCAAUCAUGAGUGUUCACAUAAAUACUUACCAAUGGCAUGAAUUUUUUCCCCGGGCAAGGAGCAACAUUGGUGUUGUCAUUGCACUUUGGGCUCCAAUUAUUCUGGUGUAUUUCAUGGAUACACAAAUUUGGUAUGCCAUUUUCUCAACAUUGUUUGGAGGCAUUUAUGGUGCAUUUCGCCGUCUUGGAGAGAUUAGGACUUUAGGAAUGCUGAGAUCCCGGUUUCAGUCACUUCCUGGUGCAUUUAAUGCCUGUUUAAUACCAGAAGAAAAGAAUGAGCCAACAAAAAAGAAAGGACUAAAGGCCACCUUGUCCCGCAACUUUGCUGAGAUACCACCCAGUCGAGAGAAAGAAGCUGCAAGAUUUGCUCAGUUAUGGAAUAAAAUAAUCACUAGCUUCAGGGAGGAAGAUCUUAUUAGCAAUAGGGAAAUGGACCUUCUGCUCGUUCCAUAUUGGGCUAACCGUGAAUUAGAUGUCAUUCAGUGGCCCCCAUUUUUGCUUGCUAGCAAGAUUCCGAUAGCAGUUGAUAUGGCUAAAGACAGCUAUGGCAAUGAUCGCGAGCUGAAAAAAAGGAUUGAGGCUGACAGAUAUAUGUCUUGUGCUGUUAGUGAGUGCUAUAAGUCAUUCAGGAACAUCAUUAUGUCUCUCGUUCAAGGUGAUCGAGAAAAGGAGGUUAUUGAAUUUAUCUUUUCGGAAGUUGACAACCAUAUAGAAGGCGGUAAUCUGAUCAAGGACUAUAAUCUGAGUGCUCUUCCAAGCCUAUACGACCUCUUUGUCAAGCUUAUCAAUUUCUUGCUUGAGAAUAAACAGGAGGAUAGGGACCAGGUUGUGAUUCUUUUCCAGGAUAUGCUAGAGGUUGUGACGCGAGACAUUAUGGAGGAUCAAUUAUCCAGCUUGGUAGAAUCCAUCCAUGGGGGAUCAGGGCAUGAAGGUAUGGUCCCUCUUGAUCAACAGUAUCAGUUAUUUGCAUCUGCUGGAGCCAUCAAGUUUCCCAUUCCUGAAUCAGAGGCUUGGAAAGAGAAGAUCAAGAGGUUAUAUUUGUUACUUACGGUUAAGGAGUCAGCGAUGGAUGUGCCGUCCAAUUUAGAAGCUCGAAGGCGUAUAUCAUUUUUCUCCAAUUCAUUAUUUAUGGACAUGCCUACAGCACCUAAAGUCCGCAAUAUGCUUUCUUUCUCUGUUUUAACUCCAUACUAUACGGAGGAGGUGCUAUUCUCAUUGCAUGAUCUAGAAGUGCCAAAUGAAGAUGGGGUUUCAAUCCUUUUUUACUUGCAAAAGAUUUUUCCAGAUGAAUGGACCAAUUUCCUUGAGCGAGUGAAAUGCAACAAUGAAGAAGAACUUAGAGGAUCGGAUGAAUCGGAGGAACAUUUGCGUCUCUGGGCUUCAUACAGAGGCCAAACGUUGACCAGAACUGUACGAGGCAUGAUGUACUACCGGAAAGCUCUAGAGCUUCAAGCCUUCCUUGAUAUGGCCAAGGAUGAUGAUUUGAUGGAGGGAUAUAAGGCUAUUGAGUUAAAUGAGGAUCAGAUGAAGGGGGAGCGGUCACUAUGGACACAGUGUCAAGCAGUUGCUGACAUGAAGUUCACCUAUGUUGUGUCCUGCCAGCUGUAUGGGAUUCACAAACGAUCUGGCGAUCCUCGAGCGCAAGAUAUUUUAAGACUUAUGACAACGUACCCAUCUCUUCGGGUAGCUUAUAUUGAUGAAGUUGAAGAACCAAGCAAAGACGGGACCAAGAAAGUCAAUCAAAAAGUGUGUUACUCCACUCUCGUGAAGGCUGCUAUGCCAAAAUCAAAUUCUAAAGAGCCAGGGCAAAACUUGGACCAGAUAAUAUACCGGAUCAAACUUCCAGGACCUGCCAUCUUGGGUGAGGGGAAGCCAGAAAAUCAGAAUCAUGCGAUUAUCUUUACUCGUGGAGAAGGUUUACAAACAAUAGACAUGAAUCAGGAUAACUACAUGGAAGAAGCAUUGAAAAUGAGGAACCUGCUUCAAGAAUUCCUUAAAAGGCAUGAUGGAGUUCGGUACCCUUCAAUUCUUGGGUUGAGGGAACAUAUAUUUACUGGAAGUGUUUCUUCUCUUGCAUGGUUUAUGUCAAACCAGGAGACUAGUUUUGUGACAAUAGGUCAAAGAUUGUUGGCCAACCCUCUGAAGGUUCGAUUCCAUUAUGGUCAUCCAGAUGUUUUUGACAGACUAUUUCACCUCACUAGAGGUGGAGUUAGUAAAGCCUCCAAAAUUAUUAACUUGAGUGAAGACAUAUUUGCUGGGUUUAAUUCUACUCUACGUGAAGGCAAUGUAACACACCAUGAGUACAUACAAGUUGGGAAAGGAAGAGAUGUGGGUCUUAAUCAAAUCUCUCUUUUUGAAGCAAAAAUUGCCAAUGGUAAUGGAGAGCAAACAUUGAGCCGAGAUAUAUACAGGCUUGGACACCGUUUUGAUUUUUUCAGAAUGCUGUCUUGUUACUUCACGACCAUAGGUUUCUACUUGAGCACGCUGAUAACUGUGCUCACAGUGUAUGUAUUCCUUUAUGGCCGUCUUUAUCUUGCUCUUAGCGGACUUGAAGAAGGACUUAGUAAACAACCAGCAAUUAGGGACAACAAACCUCUUCAAGUGGCUCUUGCUUCUCAAUCUUUUGUUCAGAUAGGCUUCUUGAUGGCCUUACCUAUGAUGAUGGAAAUUGGGCUAGAAAGGGGUUUCCGUACUGCACUUAGUGAAUUUAUACUGAUGCAGUUGCAACUGGCACCAGUUUUCUUCACUUUUUCACUUGGAACUAAGACUCACUAUUAUGGGAGGACGCUGCUUCAUGGUGGUGCAAAAUACAGGCCAACAGGUCGAGGGUUCGUGGUUUUUCAUGCCAAGUUUGCUGAUAAUUAUCGGUUUUAUUCUCGUAGCCAUUUCGUCAAGGGGCUUGAGCUCAUGAUACUGCUUAUUGUUUAUGAAAUUUUUGGUCAAUCUUAUAGAAGUUCAGUUGCGUAUAUCUUAAUUACAGUAUCUAUGUGGUUCAUGGUUGGAACCUGGCUUUUUGCUCCAUUCCUCUUCAAUCCUUCUGGGUUUGAGUGGCAAAAGAUAGUUGAUGAUUGGACCGACUGGAACAAAUGGAUUAGCAACAGAGGAGGUAUUGGUGUGCUUCCCGAGAAAAGUUGGGAAUCAUGGUGGGAAGAAGAGCAAGAACAUCUAAGUCAUACAGGCAUACGUGGUAUCGUAGCAGAGAUCUUACUGUCGUUAAGAUUUUUCAUCUACCAGUAUGGGCUUGUCUAUCACCUCAACAUGACAAAGAAUACAAAGAGUUUUCUGGUUUAUGGCAUGUCUUGGCUGGUGAUCUUGCUAGUACUUUUUGUGAUGAAGACAAUUUCUGUUGGACGUCGAAAGUUUAGUGCCAAUUUUCAGCUCAUGUUCCGGCUCAUCAAGGGAUUGAUCUUCCUGACAUUUAUCUCUAUUUUGGUAACCUUAGUCGCACUACCCCAUAUGACUGUACAAGACAUUGUUGUCUGCAUUCUAGCCUUCAUGCCUACAGGGUGGGGUUUACUUCUGAUUGCACAAGCCUGCAAGCCUCUUGUUCACAGAGCAGGAUUCUGGGGGUCGGUCAGGACACUUGCUCGCAGUUACGAGAUUGUAAUGGGUCUGCUUCUGUUCACUCCUGUUGCUUUUCUGGCAUGGUUUCCAUUUGUUUCAGAAUUCCAAACCCGAAUGUUGUUCAACCAAGCAUUCAGCAGAGGUCUUCAGAUUUCUCGUAUUCUUGGUGGACACAGGAAGGAUCGCUCUUCCAGGAAUAAGGACUAAUCUAAGAACUAGAGAAACUGGUGUCUUUUGGCCCAGUCAUUUUGUAAAGCUGCUUCAACAAUAUGGCAGUAUUUUUGGGGUAGUAAUGAUUCGUCUGUAGGUUGUAUGUAAUUAGUAAUUUAUGUACGUCCUGAUCCUGGAAUCAUCCCAUUGACUCAAUACAGUUCCCUCUCGUGAAUCUCUGCCUCUCAA